CAAUCGAUUGCUGAGUUAUCGAUAACAAUGGACGCGGGCACCAAAAUCUUAGUUGUGGGCGAUGUGCGGGGUCGCUUUAAGCAACUUUUCCAACGGGUGGAGCAGGUCAACAAAAAGGCGGGACCGUUUGAAAUCCUGUGUUGUGUUGGUGAUUUCUUUGGCGAAGAAAAACAAAACGAGGAAUUGAUUGCCUACAAAAAUGGAUUUAAACAUAUCACUGUACCCACCUACAUCCUGGGGCCCAACAAGAAGGAGCAUGGCACAUACUUUGAAAAUUUGGCGGAUGGUGAAAUCUGCACCAAUCUCACAUAUCUUGGAAGGCGUGGAGUUUACACCCUGAGCAGUGGUGUUAAAAUAGCCUAUCUAAGUGGGUUGGAGGCAGAUAGCUCUGGGGAUUCCUCUGGUUCGGAGUAUGAGUUCACCAAAGCCGAUGUUUUAGCCGUUCGAAACUCCUGCCUGGUGUCCAAGAACUGCUCCACGGAAUACCGAGGAGUGGAUGUCCUCCUCACAUCGCAAUGGCCCUUCGGGAUGCAGGAGAAGGAGAACGCCACAGCAUCCAAACUGGUAUCAUUUCUCUGCCGCGAGAUCAAGCCGCGAUAUCACUUCUGCCCCAGAAGCCACUACGAGAGUGCUCCCUUUCGGAUGCCCAAGGAUGAAACCACCCAAUUCGAGCUUUGCACUCGAUUUAUUUCCCUGGCGGAUGUGGGAAAUGCCGAGAAAGCCAAGUACAUUUACGCACUUACCCUAAAACCAGUUGAUAAAUCACGAUUGCUGGACCUGGUGCAAAAAACAACCAACGAAAUACCAUGUCCUUUUAUUGGCUUAGAUUUAGGUGGCGCCAUCAACAAGAAUGAAUCGUCUGAGAAUCGCCAGUACUUUUAUGACAUGGAUGGUGGCAGUCGCAAGCGAGUGAGAGGAGAUAAUAACAGAAAAGACAAACGCCCGAAAAUACCUCAAAUUGAGCAAGAUAAGUGCUGGUUCUGUUUAUCAUCCCCCGAUGUGGAGAAGCAUCUCAUUAUCACUGUGGGCGAACGUUUCUAUCUGGCUCUGGCUAAAGGACCCAUCAACAAGCAUCAUGUCAUGAUAUUGUCCACUAAACAUGUUCCCUGCGCAGCUCAACUCAGUCCUGAGGAUUGGGAGGAGCUGAAUAAGUUUAAGGCAGCGCUACGAAAGCUCUUUAAAACCUUGGGACAAGUCGUUUGCUUUACUGAGCGGCAUUACAAGUCUGUCCACCUCCAAAUCAAUGUGCUUGCCUUUGAAGAAGGAUAUGCCUGGAAGAUUAAACAUAGUUUUGAGGACAAAGCGGAGGAAUUUAACCUGGAGUUUGAGACGUUGCCGGCAUUGGACUCUGAGAAAAUGCUACCAGAAAUGGGACCUUAUUUCCUAGCUGAGUUGCCCGACGACAGCACGCUUAUUACGCGCCAAAUGAAACAUUUUCCUAUUCAUUUUGCCAGGGACGUGUUCUGUUCGGAGAAUCUGCUGAAUUGUGACGAAAAAGUCAACUGGAAGGAUUGCCUUCUUGACAAGGACGAAGAAGUGGCGUAUGUAGAAGACUUCCGAAAGGCUUUUGCUCCUUUUGAUUUUACAGACGACUAAGAAAAGAACACUGUAUGUAUAGUAAAAUUUCAUUUCGGUUGUAAUUGCUGAGCCCAUGCUAACAGUUCAUCCAUAUAAAUGCUAAAACUACAAUUUAAUUAAAAACACACUUGUUAAGUCGUUGUAAUCGAGUAA